GAUAUUUCGUCAGCUAGUGUCGACCGCGUCCAUCGCGGUAGCGAGCACAAAAUGUACACAAACGUAUAUCUGUACAUCUCGAACUCUUGUUCGGCGAUCGCUCUUGACGUUUUCCCGGAUGCUCUGCGGAAGCUGAAAACAAUGAGCGCUACGUACUUCCGCUGGUGGAAGCAAGGCCAGCGGCAACGCGAUCGAGUUUUUUGUUCUCUACGCAAAGUUAUUCCUAUUGCCAAAGCCGUCUCCCUCCCCUGGCAGCACUUGGCGUGUAUUAGAGCCUGGUAAAACGGGAGGACGGUGACGCUACGGGCAUGUUGCACCUUUUCGGUUUUGAGGGAGGGGAGCCUCUCGGGUGGCCCCCCCGCAACGCCUGUUUCGUCAAAUUUACAUCUGCACUCUUUCCACCCAAUGAAAAUUCCAUUUGAAUCGACAAACCCCAACGCUCUCUUUCUCUCUUUUUCUCACUCCGGCUCUCUCGGUGUCGAGCACCGGACACGAGCAACAAAUGCUCUUUCCCUAUCAUUACUGUUCACACCGUUUUUCAACCUCAGUUUGAUUACAGGUGUGAUUCGGUCUGGUCGUGCGUUCGCCAGCCCCAAUCGCACACCCAUAUUUAUUUUUUGAAAACCGGAGAAAAACCACUGAUUCGAACCUCGGGAUUUUUCUCCCCAAAAAACUUUACCCGGUUACUCAAAACGGAUGGGAAUCCAACGGCGAUUAGUCGGACAACAUUUUGCCUCGUUACGUCGGAUUAUCCUACAGCGUUCUAACACAGGAAACACUGGUCAAGUGGUAUGACCACCCGAUAGUGCGCGGUGCAUCCUGUGCUCAAAAUGAAAAGGAUUCAUAACAUGUUCAGUAUGGUUCAAGCUAUAACGGUCCUCACUAUUUUGAAAAUGCUCGCAAACGCCCAAAUAGCGUGUAACGGAGGGACGGGAAGAACCGUUUACGAGAGAUUGCCCGAUCAGCAGUUGCAGGGAUUCGACGAUGAAGUGGUCCGAGAUUCGGCCCCGCCGUUUCGAGUGCUGGAAAAAUGCCAGGAUCUCUGUUUGCGGGACAGAACAACCGCCAACAAUCUCGUUCGGCCCUGCACCAGUUUCGACUUCCAGCCCGGCAGUAGAAUCGCCUCGUUCAGCGGUGCUGCCGAGUACGAGGAAAGCACGUGCUACCUCACCCGGGAACAGGCACAACCCGAGGGCAUCGGCAAUCUCAUGCUCGUUCCGAACAGCGUUCACUUCACCGAAAUUUGUUUAACAUCGAACAGAAUCGAGCGGGACUGUCCCAAUCGGAGAUACGUGUUUGAGAGACACCCGAGAAAAAAGCUGAAGUUACCGAUGACCGAUGUGAAGGAAGUGAGCGCCGCGAACAGGACCGUCUGCGAGGAUCGUUGCCUGAACGAGUUCAGUUUCGUCUGUCGCUCCGCGACGUACGACGCCUCGGCGAGAAGCUGCCUUCUGAGUCGGUUCACGAGACGAACACACCCGGAGCUCUUGGAGGAUGACCCUAAUUCCGAUUACCUCGAAAACACUUGUCUCAACGCGGAACGACGUUGCGACGGGCUCGCCGUGUUCGUCAAAGAAGAAAACAAGCGUCUACGAGGGCCGUUCGAAGUCGACAUAUACACGAAUUUGACCCUCGACGAGUGUCAAGCGCUCUGUCUUCGGGCUGAUAAAUACUUCUGCCGGAGCGUCGAGUUCGACGAGCAGACACGCCAAUGCGUCAUUUCGGAAGAGGAUUCGGUGUCGCAGAAAGACGACAUCGGCAUUAGCAGUAGCCCGAGUUACCACUUUUACGAUCUCGUUUGUCUCGACAACCAACAAACUUUAUUAGCACGAGGCUCGGAGUAUCCGGACAACAGUGCGAGUCCCCAUCACUACGCGGACGGUCGUCGCCCGGAUACAGCGUUCCAACGUUACCGCAAUUCCCGCUUGAGCGGUGAAUUCCAUUCGGAGAUCACAGGCCGAAGUUUGAGCGAGUGUUUGGACGAGUGUCUCAGACAGACGAGCUUUCAAUGUCGGAGUGCCGUCUAUUCCGAGCACUAUCACACCUGCCGGUUGAGUCGUUUCAACCAACGUGAUGGACACCGAAUUAUUUACGACGCGGAUUACGACUAUUACGAGAAUCUCAUGCAUCAAUAUUUGGAUGGCAACCGAGACCCAGCGGCGUACAGACCCGAUCCCCUGGGCCAGGGCACGAACUACGGACCACCCGUGGGAAGACCGGGUUAUCCGGACGACUAUGACAAGGGUUACGGUGGCGGCUCGAGCGAUCGGUUUCCAGAUCAAUACCCCGAUGACCGGUACCCGAACAAGUAUCCCUCGGGAGGAAUGGAUGAUCGUUAUCCGGAGAGACCAGAUCGAUUGCCAGGCACGAGACCAGAUCGGUACCCGGACCGACCUGACCGCUAUCCGGACCGACCUGAUCGGUACCCGGACCGACCUGAUCGGUACCCGGACCGACCUGACCGCUAUCCGGACCGACCUGACCGCUACCCGGACCGACCCGAUCGCUACCCAGCAAAUCCAACAAACGGGGAUCGCUACCUGAUCAAUGGAGAUCGAUAUCCAGCGAGCGAUCGGUACCCAAUGAGCGGGGAUCGCUAUCCAAUCGGUGGGGAUCGUUAUCCGACGAGCGAUCGAUACCCGAUCGGUGGAGAUCGGUACCCUGUAAGCGGAGAGCGUUACCCCCUCGGAGGCACUCCCGCAGGUCGGUAUCCCGUCCGCGUCCCACCACUCGAUCGCUAUCCGCUCGGCGGGGACCACUAUCCCGUGGGUGGUGCCGGACCGAGUCGGUAUCCGCCGAUCUCGCACCGCUAUCCGGCAGGACCGGCGAAUCGCUACCCACCGAUCGAUCGGUAUCCCGUCAGAGACGAUCCCUACGUCAACACCAAUCGCUAUCCACUCCCACCGUCUGAUCUCGAUCCUGUCAACCGGUACCCUGUCCCCGGCGUCAGCGGCAUAGCUCCUGCGAGGUAUCCGCACGUUGACAGAUAUCCCGAUAAGGAUUUGUAUCCGACUCGAGACAGAUAUCCCAGCGUUGGUAGCAACGGUCUGUACCCAUCCGGUGGAUUCGACGAUGACACGAGAGGGACGAAAGGCAGCCACGUCGAUCGUCCUUACUACGGCGGAUCAGGCUCGUUGGCAGUUCGGCCACUCGGUUACGGGCCUGCUGGCGGGGUCGCAGCCGCUCCAGGAUCGGGGCCGUACGGCGACCCUGGCAUGUUGGACGGAGGAUACGACGGUGACCCCUACGUUUCACGGCCUGUCGGCAACGCUGGAGGUCCGAUUAUCGGCCGACCUCCUCUUCUCUCGAGGUGCGACGAGCAGGAAAACUUCCGUCAGGUCGGCCAGAGAACCCGGGUCCGCAAGCCCUUCGUCAGGAGGUACACGACCGCCUCGAAUUUACCUGCCUGCGAGCGCGAGUGCGCCGAUGCUCGGGACUUCGUCUGUCGAUCGUUCAAUUAUCGACCCUACGCCGCACCCUUCGGCGCCGAACGGGACAACUGCGAACUCAGCGAUCGCGACUCCCGGGAUAUGGACAUGGGCAAUCCCGUCUAUUAUGAUACCGGAUCCGACUAUGAUUUUUAUGAAAGAAACAACGGGAGACAAGGCGCCGAUGGGGAGUGUCUCGAUGUGAGCCAAGUGUGCAGUGAAGACGGGAUGGAAUUCACGUUGAGAACUCCGGACGGAUUCAUCGGUCGAAUUUAUACUUACGGCUAUUACGAUCGCUGUUUCUUCCGGGGAAACGGCGGCACUGUCAACGUUUUACGGAUCAGCGGGGCUCAAGGUUAUCCGGAGUGCGGUACGCAAAGGUACGGAGAUACAAUGACGAACAUCGUGGUUGUCCAAUUUUCCGAUUACGUUCAGACCGGAAGAGACAAACGGUUCAAUCUGACGUGCUUGUUCCGGGGACCCGGGGAAGCUGUCGUCACUUCCGGCUACAUCGGUGCGGGCAGAUCCGGUUCGCCGAUACCGAUCGAGUAUCUCCCAGCUGAGAACACCCUGAGCUCCAGAGUGCGUUUGAUGAUUCUGUACCAAGGCAGACCAACGACAACGAUCGCUGUUGGUGAUCCGUUGACCUUCAGGCUCGAGGCUCAAGAUGGGUAUAACUACGCCACUGACAUCUUCGCCACGAACGUCAUCGCCCGAGACCCAUACUCCGGACGGAGCGUUCAGCUGAUCGAUCGUUACGGCUGCCCCGUCGACAACUAUGUGUUCCCUGGUCUGGAUCGUCUGAGAGAUGGCGACAGUCUGGAGGCCCGUUUCAACGCCUUCAAAAUACCAGAAUCGAAUUUCCUCGUGUUCGAAGCCACAGUAAGGUCCUGCAGAGACGGAUGUCAGCCUGCUUACUGUUCCGGAGGCGCUGGAAGGAGCGAACCUUCUUUCGGAAAACGCAGACGAAGAUCGGCACUCAACGAAACUGAUACGAGUGAGGAAAACAUUGAAAAACUUAAAAAAUUGAGCUUGAAAAACAAUACCAGCGAUGCUUCGGAGAACACGGUCGAAGGAGACGAAGAGGGCGAGGAAGAACGAGUGCGGGAAAUGAUCGAGGUACUAGACUCAAGGAUGGAAAUGUACGAAGAAAAUGUCAUCGAAAAACGUGUAGCGAUUCCCGAGACCGUUUGUAUUACGCCGAACGAAUAUUACGGACUCGUCACGUCGGUUGUUGGACUCGUCGUACUUCUCACAUCAGUUGUUAUGCUUUCUCUACUGAUUUAUAGAAAAUAUGGAUAUUCGAUAAUGCGGAAGAACAGAAUAGUUGACAAGAUGACGGCGACCCAUAGCAGCAGCCCGGUUGGAACGUGCAGCACUCGAGCUAAUAAUUUUUCGUUCAUGCGAUCCGGCCUACAAAAGCCCUUCCAAAAUUCGUCGUCGCUGGGUAAUGUCAUGCAUCGCAUGCCAUCCGGAGCAUUGGAAGCUGCAAUGAGGCUCGAGGGAACGAGUCGAAGAAACGGUUUCGACCCCAGCGAGCCGAUCUACACGGACCCAUCGCUUUUCGAGGUAGCUCGAUCGUCGAUGCAUCAAGGAAAUUCUGUCCGCAAUGAAAACGUUCAUUUGAUAUGAGUCCAAUUUUUUGUUGUAAUUAAUGUUUCACAAAUUAACUGACAAGCGAUCGUAAACGGAAUUUUUUAUCGAUAGAAUAUUGCAACAUGACAAUCGAACUUUGUGCGUCGCGUCUGUCGAAAGCAUUGUUACGUCAGCUACUGGCCAAAGUGAAGUAUUUACUACGGUAGAGAUUAAUUUCGUGUUUGGGAUAGAUUUUCUUCCAUUGAAAAAUUACCAUUUUUCAAAUAUUUUGACAACUGUCGGACGGCUCCGUUGAGCGAAUCCUAUUUAGUAAUACUCCAUUCCUUCCUGAGGGAAAAUUUAGUAUUCACUGCCACAGUAUUUAACGUUAGAAACUAAAUGAAAAGUGAUUUCUUGAAGGGAGAGUUUGAAAAAACAUUGAAUUUUUUACCUCGACUAAUCGAUGAUUUUAUUUCCCAUCGAUCUUUCCGACCAGCCGAAUCAAAAGUCAAGAUUGUAUCUCUAAAUGUGCUGUUUUACGGAACAAUUUUUUUCUCAGUUACGCUAUCGCUUAAAAAUGUCGCUCAAGUACAGUUUUGCGCCAUUUUUUUUAUUUCCCACGUCCAUUGUAGUUCAAUUUUUCCACGACCAAGAGACUCGGUAGAGUCUCGGGACGGUGCAUCGACAGCUCUGUCGUCUGCUGGUCCGAGGCUCGCCGAAGCUAUACUUUUUAUAAUUAUAACGAAUUCACCCAGCAAUAAAUGUGCACAUUUCCUGUUUACAAGACUCGUUGUAUUCCCGGUUCGAACAAGUCAGUUAUUUACAAAAAAUAUGGCUAUAUACGAUUCUUGAAUCGUUGUCAGCUUGGAAGCUGAUCAUUUCGUUUAUGACGAUGUAGAUUUUCAUAAAAAUAUAAGAAAUGCCAAAAAUCAAA